GAUGUUGCAUUUUUUACCAAGUAUUUCUCUCUCUUGCUAUACUUUUUCUCUCUUACCAAACACAGAGAGAGUGAGGGGCAGAGAUAAGAUAUUUUCCCAUUCACUUUUUCUCUCUUACCAAACACAGAGGGAGUGAGGGGCAGAGAGAUCGAAGCCUCAGACUUAUCCAAUUUGUUAGGAUUCCUUCUUUUAUCGCCUCUCUCCGACUUCGAAACCCUAAAUAUCGGAUCAGUGAAGAUUUGUGUGGCUUGUGCCUCACUUGGGUACUGUUAGACCGUUGUUGAUAACGCAAUGGCGGAUCCUGUUCUUCUGGACGAUGAAAAGCUCGUCAAGCUUGCAAAAGUGGUUUACAAUCAAGAAGCGGAGGCAGCAAAACACUGCAAAUGCAACUCCGAAAUCGAACGCUCCAACUGCAUUCGCGAAACCAAAGUUUGUUACAAUACGGUGCUUGGCCUUUUGGAUUCUGUGAAACAAUUAAAGAAAGAGUAUGAGGACGGGGACAAGAAUCUAUCUUCCAUUGCUAAUGACAUUUUCUCUUAUGUGGUGUAUGCUGUGAACAAUGCCUUGCAGUUCGUGAGCAACUACAGUCUGCGUAACCACUACCUCGACAAAAUCAGUGAGAAUGCCAAAGCCCUUAUCAGAGCUCUGAAAGAAAUUGAUCCAAAUAACGUCACCAACGUCCAACGCCUAGCCAAAGAUGCCAUCAUUUUCAGGAACGCCAUGUUGGAGUACGUCAGGAAGAAAAACAGACCUAUUUCACGCUACUUCGCCAAAUGGCUCAAGGAAACCGGCUUGUCUUUUGGAAAACUCACCCAAAGGUAUCAAAACAAACUUAACUUUCAAGGGCAAUUUAGGAACCUGGAAGAUGCAAAAAAGCUGCAAGUGUAUAAUAAAAUCAUUGAGGCAUCGGGAAGGGGAAGAAUUACAGUGAACCAGGUGUCAAAAGCUCUAGGAGCAACAGGAAUGGCGGUGCUCAUCUUCACAGCAGCCAUAGCCGUGUGGGACGUGUAUACAUCUGACAACAAGCUGCAAACAGCGGCACGCGACACUUUACAGUUCAUAGGAGCAGCUGGUGGUGGGACGCUCGGAGAGUAUGCCGCCACCGCCUUAGCCACAGGGUUGUUGGGUGCGGCGGCAUCUCCAGUGUUUGUGGUGGCUGCAGGAAUUGUGGGUGGCAUCGCAGGAGCAUACAUUCUUGGAAAAUUUGCAGCCCAUUUGGUUGACGAGGUAUUUAGCUGGGGAGACACUGAUAAUAUCACUCAUUUGAACGAUCAAAUCCAUUUCUAUCAAUGCUGCGUAGCACCGGCCCCCAACGGCAAUGUUUUGGCUCGUCCGAUUGCCCGACACGACGAACUUUAACUGCUACAACUUUGCUGCGCACCAAUUAAACCUCUCUCGUGCAUGUUUUCAUGCCCACUUAAUUAGGAGUUGGUGUGUGAAACUAAACAAUAGUUGUUUCCUUUUGUAUGUCGAGUGUAGUUCGGUCAUUAUAUAUAUGAGGAUACAUGCAUAUAUAGAAAUUAUCCGUUAAUGUGGGAUCUUUUAUGAUUCUAUAAGGUACGUUUGCAACGUUUGUAAGGAAGGGGCCGACUAUCUGGAUCUGGUUCGAAUCUGUACUGGAUUGACUGUCCAAGCUAUAUAGCUGAUAAGCUUAUCUAUCUUCUAUAAGAUAUAAAGCUAUAGAUCUAAAGCUAUAUAUUUAGUGUCGAUUCAUCCACACUUCCAUUCCUUGUAGAGGAAGGCUAACUGCUUGCUGGCUGGGAGCUUCUCCUAUUAUUAUAGUUGAAUAAACUCCUACGCCUGGAACUCCUCUUUAUUUACCGCAUUUCUUCCUUCUGCAAGAGUCAUGUUCACUGCUCCUGCACCUCCUCCAACUCCAACAGGCCCCUUUCCUUUGUUUCAGUAUCGCAGCUUCUCUGUCUUUACCAGAAGGAGAAUCCAUGACGGUUACGGUCUAUGAGAAAAGAAUCCUGCCACCACUCAACACCUAUGAAGUAGGCGCCUCAGUAAAGAAGAAGACAUCUAUCUAAUACCAUUCUUAUCUUUCUUAUCUUGAUCUAACGGCCUGGGAAGACCCAUAAAGAAAGCAAGAGAGAACUCAAAGAGAAACUACAAACUAAGAGCGGAUGUACAGUUGACCUCAGACCUAUUCCCGACUGCAGAACCAGAAUGUUUAGACUGCCCGCUGGCCUAUUGGGAUAGCAGCCUUCUGGCUUUGCCUGCCGUUCUAGUAAAAAAUUCUGGCUCGGCCCGGGAAACCGCUGGCAACAACAGGAAGGGGUCCAUGUAGCUGCUGCGCCCUAGUUGUAUUCCAUGUAUUUACUUAUGCCACCAAAUGGAAAUAUAUAUUUUACAUACAUAUA